AUGACGGCUGCGGCAUCAAGCAUCGUGUUCGACGACAUAUUCAGUAUUAAUGCAAUUGAUAAAGAAGGGAAAAAAUUUGACAGAGUCUCUAGGUUGUAUGCGCACUCCAAAAACUAUGAUAUGGACCUGACGUUAGAUUACAACGUCGAGUUGUUUCCCUUGCAAAAAGAUCAAAAUUUCGCAUUAGCAUUGGCAUCAUCUCUUGCCAAAGGAGGGGCACCUAAGACCGAAGGCGCGGGUGACGACGAUUCUGAACGAGAUGUGUGGAGACCAGAUGGCAAGGGAAACAGAGGUCUGGAAGACGAGUACGACUAUGUAAUGUAUGGCAAGAUCUACAAAUUCGACUCUGAUUCUGGAGAAAUUGUGACUGCAUAUAUAUCUUUUGGAGGAUUGCUCAUGUCUCUGACUGGUUCGUCUCGGCAUAUGACCAGCAUUGUACUUGGAGACCCCAUCUAUCUUCUCAUGCGGAAAUAA